CGCGGCGCGGCCAUGAGCGGGCGGCCGGCGCCGGUCUCCCGCAAGCAGCGGCUCAUGGCAGCCGUGGGCGAGCGGGCGGCGGGCGGCGUGGGCGGCGGCGCGCCGCUCUCCUGCUUCAUCUGCGGCGGCGGCAUCGGGCGCGGCAAGGAGCUGAAGCUGCAGGUGAAGCAGCCGGCGGCGGCGGCGGCGGCGGCGGGCGCGGGGUCCCCGGCGCAGCCCUUCUUCCCGUUCCUGCAGCAGCAGGAGCCGGCGCCCGGGGCGCGCGAGCUGUGCCCGGCCGACGGCUGCGUGCUGGUGUGCGCCGUGUGCCGCUGCUUCCUGGGCGAGCAGUGGGCCGCCUUCGAGCGCGCCCGCACGCCGGUGGACAAGCGCAUGUACUGGCUCAAGCGGCCCCACCAGUGCGACGCGGGCGCGGGCGGGCGGCGCGGGGGCGCCGGGGCCCCCCGCGAGUGGAACGUCGCCUACGCGCUGGGCGGCGCGGCCGGCGACGGCGACGACGACGACGACGAGGACGCCGGCGGCGGCCCCGGGUCCCGCACGGCCGCCGAGGACACGCGGGACUCGGAGCUGUCGGAGCUGUCGGACACCGACCCCCUCUCGGAGCCCGACCCGGCCGCGCGCGACGCCGCCAGCCCCCUCCGGGACGGGGUGCCGGCGGCGCGGGCCACCCCGGGGCCAGGGGCUCGCGGGGGCCGCUGCCAGGAGUGGAGGCCGGCGCCCGGCCCUCCUCUGGGACACGGCGCGGACGCCCCCGCGCAGCGAGAAGUGGAGGAGGAGAGGGUCCCCCCCAAGCUCCGCGUGGACGGGGAGCCCAAGACCGGCGUUAGGCGUAGGCGGAAGGGCGCAGGAAGGCACUGGGUCCCCGAGGCCCGGGCCAGCGUCCUGAGAGGCAUUCAGGACCCGUGGCCAGGCCCUCCAGUCCGAGUGGCCCCUGCAGAUGGAGUGAGAGGAGCCCCUUCUGGCCGGGCCGCCAAGACCCCCGAGAGCAGGCCGCUGGGGGAGACUCGCGCGGGCUACUGUCCGUCUGAGGACAGUGACAUCAACAUUACCAGCGAGGAAGAGGACCGCAAGGAGCAGCCUCUCCCCGGCCCCAGAGAGAAGGAAAACGGUAGCCGUGCCCCCUGGGCUCCCCUGGAGAGCCGGACUGCGCCACCAGGGGGCCUUUGCUGCUACAUCUGCGGGGCAGCCCUGUCCCCAGCCUCGCAACACCAGAUCCACGUGCAGAAGCAGGAGAAGCUGGCGCAGGCCCCCUUCUUCCCGUUCCUGUGGCUGCACAGCCCGCCCCCCGGGGCGCAGCCCGUCAGCGAGGGCGGCAGCACCCUGGUGUGCCCAUGCUGCUUCUCCUCGCUCAUGCAGCAGUGGCAGAGCUUCGAGCUGGCCAGCGUGCCCGUCCUGCAGCGGCUGUACGUGGUGCCCCUGAACAGCCACGCCCCCGGCAUGGCCUCCAAGGGCCGGCGCCUGCCCCGGGAAGAGGGCCCGCCAGCUGGGGCCCUGCCAGAGGCCUGCUACCUCUGUGGGGAGGACUGUACCCAGGACGCCCGGACCGUGGUCUCCAGGAUCCUCAAUGGCAAUGCCCGGGGCUCCAUGCACUUCCCCUUUCUCAGCCUCCUGCCCUGCCCCCCCAAUGCCCGGGGCCCCAACAAGCGCUGUGAGGUCCGCAGCUGCCCCAAGUGCUUCAGCGUCCUGGAGGACGUCUGGGCCCUGUACCGGGCCUGCCAGAACGAGGAGCUCAUCACCUCUGUGCAGGGCUUCCUGGGCAGGUACCACCAGGCUUUCUCUGCCUCCGACCACGCCCUCUCCGAGCCGCCCGCGUCCGCCCAGGGCAGCCCGGCGUCCAUCUGCUAUACCUGCGGGGCUGAGCUGGGCCCCGGGAAGGAGUUCCAGCUCAACGUGAACCCCUCCGGCCGCUCUGGCGAGAAGGAGCCCUUCUUUCCCUUCCUCACAGUCUACCCGCCCGCCCCGCGUGCCAGGCCUGCCGACGCCACCGGCCUGGUGGCCACCUGCGUGCUCUGCUACCACGACCUGCUGGGCCAGUGGCUGCAGCACGAGGCCCGCAGCGCGCACCACGCCGUCAGCGCCUGGUCCCGGCAAUACCAAGUGGAGACGUUCGUGUGCUUCUUCUGCCAGCAGGAGAAGAAACGCUGUCUUGGGCUGAAGGCCGUGCGGGUGGCCCGGCUGCCCUUGUUUCUCUACACCUUGCGAGCGAGCCACAGCCUGCUGGUGGACGACGGGCGGCAGCUGAUCAUCGGUGCCUGCCUGGACUGCGGGACCCUGGUGUGUGCUGGCCAUGGGCUCGCCCGCCAGGGACCCACGGGCUGGAGCUCCCCGGUGGCAGCUGUGAUGCAGGUCACCUCGUCAUCUCUCGAGGCAUCGACAGCCAUCCACCCUCCUGCCCGAGAGCCGGAGCCCCGGCUGGGCACCCCCGCAGGGAGCCUGUCCGGAGGCCCCAGGACAGCCCAGGAGCUGGGCCCAGCCCGGUGUCGGCAGAGCAGCCUGGACGGGGCCGGACCGGACCUCACGGGCACAGGCAUGAGCCAUGAGCCCAAGUCCCCUUCACUAGGGAUGCUUUCCACCGCGACCAGGACCACCGCCACCGUCAACCCCCUCACCCCCUCGCCGCUCAAUGGCGCCCUGGUGCCCAGUGGCAGCCCCGCUACCAGCAGUGCGCUGUCGGCCCAGGCCGCGCCGUCCGCCAGCUUUGCCGCCGCACUGCGCAAGCUCGCCAAACAGGCGGAGGAGCCCAGAGGGUCUUCACUGAGCAGCGAGUCGUCCCCCGUGUCCUCUCCGGCCACCAACCACAGCUCGCCCGCCAGCACACCCAAGCGCGUGCCCAUGGGCCCCAUCAUCGUCCCCCCUGGGGGCCACAGCGUGCCCAGCACGCCCCCUGUGGUGACCAUUGCCCCGACCAAGACCGUCAAUGGCGUCUGGAGGAGUGAGAGCCGGCAGGACGCCAGCUCGAGGGGCAGCGGCGGCCGGGAACGCCUCAUCGUGGAGCCCCCACUGCCCCAGGAGAAGGCAGGGGGCCCGGCCAUCCCCUCCCACCUGCUCAGCGCCCCCUACCCUUUCGGCAUCUCCCCCAGCUCUGCUGUGCAGGACUCCCGCUUCCCGCCGCUCAACCUCCAGCGGCCAGUGCACCACGUGGUGCCCCCGAGCACGGUGACGGAGGAUUACCUGAGGAGCUUCCGGCCCUACCACACCACCGAGGACCUCCGCAUGUCCUCCCUGCCUCCCCUCGGCCUGGACCCGGCCACCGCCGCAGCCUACUACCACCCCAGCUACCUGGCCCCGCACCCCUUCCCCCACCCGGCCUUCAGGAUGGACGACUCCUACUGCCUGUCAGCCCUGCGGUCCCCCUUCUACCCACUGCCCACCCCUGGCUCCCUGCCCCCGCUGCACCCGUCGGCUAUGCAUCUCCACCUGUCCGGGGUCCGCUACCCACCUGAGCUCUCCCACUCGUCCCUGGCGGCGCUGCACUCAGAGCGGAUGUCUGGCCUUAGCGCUGAGAGGCUGCAGAUGGACGAGGAGCUGAGGCGCGAGCGGGAAGCUGACCGCGAGCGGGAGAAGGAGCGCGAGCGGGAGAAGGAGCUGGAGCGCGAGCGCGAGCGGGAGCUGGAGCGCCAGCGGGAGCAGCGGGCGCGCGAGAAGGAGCUGCUGGCCGCCAAGGCCUUGGAGCCCGCCUUCCUGCCUGUGGCCGAGCUGCACGCGCUGCGCGGCCACGCGGAAGAGCGGGUCAAGCCCUCGGAGCAGCUGACCCCGACCAGAGCAGAGAAGCUGAAGGACGUGGGCCUGCCAGCGCCCAAGCCUGUGCAGCACCCCUUGCACCCGGCGCCCACCCCCCACCACGCCGUGCCCAGCCUCCUCUCCAACCACGGCAUCUUCUCGCUGCCGGGCAGCAGCGCCGCCACGGCCCUGCUCAUCCAGCGCACCAACGAGGAGGAGAAGUGGCUGGCGCGGCAGCGGCGCCUGCGGCAGGAGAAGGAGGACCGGCAGUCGCAGGUGUCGGAGUUCCGGCAGCAGGUGCUGGAACAGCACCUGGAUAUGGGCCGGCCCGCGGUGCCCACGGAGGCGGAGCACAGGCCCGAGAGCGCCAGGCCGGGACCAAACCGUCAAGAGCCAGGCAGCCGAGAUCCCCCGCAGCAUUUUGGGGGGCCCCCACCCCUCAUCUCACCCAAGCCGCAGGUCCACUCUGUGCCCACGGCCCUCUGGAACCCCGUGUCCCUGAUGGACAGCAGCCUGGAGCCGCGGCGGGCCCCUGAGAGCCACCCUCUGCACAGCCACCCCAGCCCGUUCGAGCCCGGCUGCCAGGCGGCAGUCCCGCUGGUGAAGGUGGAGCGGGUCUCCUGCCCAGAGAGAGCAGAGGAGGGGCCCCGGAAGCGUGAGGGCGCCCCCCUGGAAAAGUACCAGCCGCCGCCACGGGAGCCGGGGAGUCUGGAGCACCAGGCCUUCCCACAUGGUCCCGGGCCCUUCCUGGCUGAGCUCGAGAAGUCCACGCAGACCGUCCAGCAGCGGGCCCCCCUCACCCAGCCAGCCCCCUUUGGGGAGCUCACCGGGCCACUGAAGCCAGGCUCACCCUACUGGCCCGCAGCGCCACGGGGCCCCGACCCUGCCUACAUCUAUGACGAGUUCCUGCAGCAGCGGCGGAGGCUGGUCAGCAAGCUGGACCUGGAGGAGCGCCGGCGGCGGGAGGCCCAAGAGAAAGGGUACUACUAUGACCUGGAUGACUCCUACGAUGAGAGUGACGAGGAGGAAGUCAGGGCCCACCUCCGCUGCGUGGCCGAGCAGCCGCCUCUCAAGCUGGACACGUCCUCCGAGAAGCUAGAGUUUUUGCAACUUUUUGGCUUGACCACCCAACAGCAGAAGGAGGAGUUGCUGACCCAGAAGCGGAGGAAACGGCGGCGGAUGCUAAGGGAGAGAAGCCCGUCCCCCCCGAUGAUUCGGAGCAAGCGGCAGACGCCUUCGCCGAGACUGGCUCUGUCCACCCGCUACAGCCCCGACGAGAUGAACAACAGCCCCAACUUCGAAGAGAAGAAGAAGUUCCUGACCAUCUUCAGCCUGACCCACGUCAGCGCUGAGAAGAGGAAAGACAAAGAGAAACUUGUUGAAAUGCUCCAUGCCAUGAAGCAGAAGGCACUGGCCGCCGCUGUGGCAGAUGCACUCAGAAACUCUCCGAGGGACAGUCCUGCUGCCCCCCUGAGCGAACCAGCCGCUCAGCAUGCCUCUCUGGAUGUGGAGAAGCCUGUGGGUAUUGCUGCUUCCUUGUCUGACGUCCCAAAGGCUACAGAGCCUGGGAGACUGGAACAGCUGCGGCCCCAGGAGCUAGCGCGAGUCCAGGAGCCAGCUCCCACCAGCAGUGAGAAGGCCAGGCUGAGUGAGGCCCCUGGGAGCAAGAAGAGCCUCAGCAUGCUUCAUUACAUCCGGGGCCCUGCGCCCAAGGACAUUCCCGUGCCACUGUCCCAUAGCAUCAAUGGGAAGAGCAAGCCGUGGGAGCCCUUCAUGGCCGAAGAGUUUGCACAUCAGUUCCACGAGUCCGUGCUGCAGUCCACCCAGAAGGCCCUGCAGAAGCAUAAAGGGAAUGUGGCUGUGCUGUCUGCGGAGCAGAACCACAAAGUCGACACGUCUGUCCACUACAACAUUCCUGAGCUGCAGCCGUCGAGCCGGCUCCCUCUGCCCCAGCACAACGGGCAGCAGGAGCCCCCAGCUGGGAGGAAGGGCCCCCUCCCACAGGAGAUGGACCAGGACUCAGAGGAGGGGGACGAGGAAGAGGGAGACGAGGAGGACGAGGACCCCCCCAGGCGCAAGUGGCAAGGGAUUGAGGCCAUUUUUGAAGCUUACCAAGAACAUAUAGAAGAGCAAAACCUGGAGCGGCAAGUGUUGCAGACGCAGUGCAGGCGGCUAGAGGCACAGCACUACAGCCUCAGCCUCACGGCCGAGCAGCUCUCCCACAGCAUGGCGGAGUUGAGGAGCCAGAAACAGAAGAUCGUUUCAGAAAGGGAGCGACUCCAGGCAGAGCUGGAUCACCUACGGAAGUGCCUUGCCCUGCCCGCAGUGCACUGGUCUAGGGGUUACUACAAGGGGUAUCCCAGGUGACGGUGUCCCUUGCGCUAGGCCGAACCUAUAGUAUAGAAAUUAUCUAUUUUAUUACCUUGAAUAUUUAAUAUUUUUCACUGGGAGGUUUGAAGCUUAAAAUAAUGAGAAUGUGCCAUGCAUGAAGCAAAGGAUUCCAGGCUCCAGGAAAAAGAAUGGACUCGCCUUGACUUCAAUGCAAUUGAAUCACCUUUGUAAUUCAGCGAGCAACCAAUGUAGGACGCCCAUAGUUUUUUCUUUUUACAGGCGGUUUUAUUCUUUCUUUCCCCACGUCAUUGUUUCUAAAUCUGAAAAUGAAGGCUCCGUUACCAACACUAAAACUUUAUCAUUUAUAGCCCCGGGUGUGUAAGACGGGAUGAAACCGACUGUUGUUUCUUCUGUUGCCCUCUUUCUGUGCCUCGAGAACCCGGUUUGCUUUUGCUGCAGCAGGGGGUCGGCCUCAUUCCUCCCCAGGACAGAGGCCUGCCUCAGCUGAUCGAAGGUGGGGUGCAUUUUAAGUAAAGGGCUUAUUUGUUUUUACUUUUCUGCAAAAUUUUCUUCAAAGCAACAGGUCCUAGGAACACACAAAGAACAGUACUGAAGCCUCACCCAAAGGCUUUUCCCUGGAAAAGCUCUUACCUAGAGAUAAAGCAAAUCACCUGAAGGUACCUUUUUAUUACUCCGUGGGGGAAAAAAUGUACAGAGCUCUAUGUAUACAUAUAUUCCCACCCACCGAAUUGUUACUGCAGGGGGUGGUGUUUUCAUACAAACGUACAUUUUGAGAGAAAAGUCAAAGGUGCUUCAGCCUUGUACUGUGUAUAUAAAAAAAAAGUUUUGUAUGUUUUUAUUACUUUAAUUAUUGUUAUAAAAAGCCUGCCAUUUUUAAUAUGUGGUUUGGGGGAAUUUUUGUUUGUUUUUCUGUUUGGGGGUUUUGUUUUUUUUUUGUUGUUUUUUGGGCAAAAAAAAACCCCUUGCUUUUAGUGUUUGUACUGCUGCUGGUCAGGACAUUAAAAUAUUGAAGUGUUUUUAAAAAUUAAAGAAGAAGAAAAGUAAAAGAGCUUACCACUGGCGCCUACGCGAUCACUUCAUUUUUGAGUUGCACCAGAGGGAUGGUAGAAAGCCAUGCGUUACUCCCCAGCCCCCACCCCAGCUCUGGGCAGCGAAGAGCAGAAGCAAGCAGCUGCCAUCACGUGAGGAGGGGCGGGCUAGUCGACCAUGGGAGCGGGACGGGUCCUGUGUGCUCAUAUGGACAGGGGGCUUUGUUAAGAACAGAACCUUUCAGGAAGUGAGCGGUUCCCAUGAUAGAAUUCCAAGGUGUCUUACAGCAGUCUGAGAGCAGGUGCAGAGUAGAAAACUUUAGAGGCUUCAUUUAGAUGCAAAGCUUUGUAAAAGCCUAAAAGUAGGGUAAACAGUGUCUGAGCUGAACUCCUCCUCCUCCUGAACUUAGGUGACAAGCAAGCACAGGAGCAGCCAGAAACUGGGAGAAUUAGAUCAGUGCAAAGCAGAGGGGGUUUUCCUUGUCCCAGUUACUGCUCAUUCAGGCAGUGCUUAAUCUCGAUCAGAAGGUAGCUCUUGCCCAAGUGGGCCUGACUCAGAGGCCAAAGCAGCCCAUGGCUGGUCUUCGGCAGGGGAGGCCCGAGCAGCAUGCCAGCCACUCCCACCCCACCUGCCCAGGCCAGGGGAACGGCCGGCCGACCUUCAGGCGGCUCCUCGCUGCGGUCAGCAGCCGCGCCCUUGGCCCCAGACCGUGGCUGUGCGGAACAGCUUGCCGGCAGAUGGCACGCUGUCACGUUAUCUGUUCCCACACAGUUUGCUCUGUAUGUCUGCCAAGAAUCUUCCAGUUAUUAGCAAACUCAGACAAAAAGUGCCACCAGUAUUAACAGCAGCCAACAGGCGCCUUCCUCUCCAUAAAAACAACUUGCAGAGAACUAAGGGCUGUUCUGUGGGCCGUCUCCCCUGCAAAGACAUUUGAGAGAACAUGUCCCACAGGUAGGGACAGGUGUUCAGAGGGGGCUGACUGCCAACAGUCAGGGCAAAACGUCAAUGAAUUUCUCUACUUAAAAUCUGCUUGCUAUUUCUGGUCUGAAAGACAUUAAGAGUUACAUCUUGUCUUCCUCCAACGCAGAAGAUGCCUGGUGCCUUUGCUAAUCAGCUUUGGUAAUGGCCUUGGCUGAAGCCAAAGGAAAAAGCAGAUCUAAUAACUUGAUGGGAAAGAAGAGCCCAGCCCCCACCCUUUACCAUGUGAAGGGUGCUCCCUCCGGUGACUUGUCCGGUGAGGAGUUCCUGGCCUGUGGGGUGAGGGGUGCACCCCACAGGGUUACAGGGGAGGUCUUUGCCCAGCAGUACAAGCUAUGUCUUUCCCUCUGCGGUUGAAAUGCCACCUCUGUCCUGCCUUUGCACUUCUGUCGUUCUGCCUUGUCCUGCUCUCACCUGUCUGCAGACAUCUCUGAAGUAAUGUGACAAUCAGAAUAUAAAUACAAACCAGUAAGGCAGCAGAAAUAAGGUAAGAAAGCAUCUUUCGAAAACAAGGUGCACCGCUUAAGACACAGUACCCAGUAAUGGUUUUUCCAUCCAACAGUUGGUUUUAUAAUCUGAAAAUACUUUCAUUAGAUUCUGGAAGAACACAGUAGCAUCUAACUCUUCAGUUGGGCUUAACAAAAAUUGAUAUACGCAAUUUGUUCAGCUAUUUCACAUUGCGUUUAAAACACAAAGUUCAGAAAUAUACCAAAUUUUCUCUAGAAUUGAUGCAACCUUCCUGUCAGUAUUUUCGUGAAGACCUCAGUCCUUCCCAGCCUUGUGUCUCACUAAUAUACACGGCGCAGGGAAGAGGCGGCUGCCAUCUGUCCCCGGGGGCGGUGGGAGAGGGUUCAUUAAACUUAGGAGGGAGACCUUCCAGUGCCGAAUCAUGUGGUUCCUUCCACGUGUACUCAGAUCAUGACAAACCAGAGCUUUCCCUAAAACUCGAUGCUACACAACCUGAUCAUUUGAAAAUGGGUUGUUUCUCUUGAUGGGACAUAACAGAGCAGAACUGACAGGAUAAAGUACCCUGGUCUUCAUCUGUUCUCUCAGAUAAGCAAACAAGAUAGGAUUUUCAACAGUAAUAGAGUCUAAAGAAAGGAACUAAAAUAAUUGGCAUUAACAUUCUAAUAGAUGCCCUUAAGGAAACUCAAAGAAUGUUAAAAGGAGCCCAUACCUUCAGCAGCAGGGAAUGUGAACACAGGAAAUCUUGAGUGUGCCCCUAGAAAGUGUUUUUUCCUGGAGUAGCUCACUAUGCUGCCAGAUCUCAGAAGCUCAGUCAGAUACCCGCCGCCCUCCCUGAGCCAUGUUUUAAAGUGUAGACAGUUCUGAGGAUCCACCACGAGAUGGAGACGGUCAGCACCAGCCGGGCCUGUUUCUCUUAGAUGUGUUGACCCCUUAGCCGCAAUCCCUGUUCUCUGUGCAGUAACAGGCUGACUUAAGUACUUGCAGUAGCCUGUCCCCAACUGUUUGAUCCAGCGCUUAAACUCUAAAGAUAACUCUGCUUUGACCUGAGGAAGACCACGCUAAUUAGUCGUUUUACUUUGUCUGUACCCUGUGUCAACUGCUUGAAAAGUAAACCCGUCCACGGGGAGGAGGAACGUGCCUCGGUCACUCUGGGGGCAGUUUAGAUGCUGUGAAAUGAAACCUGUUCUAAGUGUACUUGUUUGAAUUAAUUGUAUUGUAAUAUUAUUUGUUGAAUGUAGUAAUUAGGUAUUUAUGAAUAUAUUGCUGUAAUUUCUGACAACAUCCAAAAAAAUAAAAUCUUCCUAAAUCA